UCUUACAUAUGUGAUUUCCGUUCAACAAUUUUUGUUUCCGUUUGUUAAUUAGUUAUCAAUUUAAACUAAUUGAAUUGUUUUUGAGUAAAAUGCCGAAUUUAAGUUGUAGAUUUUACAAACAAAAGUUCCCUGAAGUGGAAGAUGUUGUCGUGGCAAUGGUUCGGCGAGUCGCCGAAAUGGGAGCUUAUGUGGACCUUUUGGAAUAUAAAAACAUUGAAGGAAUGAUCCUUUUGUCGGAAUUGUCUCGGCGUAGGAUCCGUUCCAUCAACAAACUGAUCAGAAUUGGAAGAAGUGAGUGUGUAGUUGUGAUUCGAGUGGACAAGGAUAAGGGGUACAUCGAUUUGUCCAAACGUCGAGUCUCGCCCGAAGACAUUGUUCGGUGUGAAGAAAAAUAUGCCAAAGGUAAAGCUGUUAACAGUAUUUUACGUCAUGUGGCCGAGAUUCUGGGCUACACUACGGACGGAGAACUAGAGAAUCUCUAUGAAAGGACGGCCUGGUACUUUGACGAGAAACACAAGAAACAAGGUUGUGCUUUUGACUUCUUCAAACUCGCUGUUAACGAUUCAAGUGUCUUGGAUGAAUGUGAUCUUGACGAGAAGACCAGAGAUGCUCUUCUCACCCACAUCAAAAGGAAAUUGACUCCUCAAGCGGUGAAAGUGAGAGCGGACAUUGAUGUGGGCUGUUGUACCUACGAGGGAAUCGAUGCCGUGAAAGUGGCUCUCAGAGCUGGAAUCGCUUGUGGAAGUGCCGAAAUGCCAAUCAAAAUUAAUUUAAUUGCCCCUCCGUCUUAUGUGGUGACCACUCACACGAUGGAGAGAGAAAUUGGUCUGGCUUUACUGGACAAAGCGCUGACAGAAAUAGAAGAAUCAAUUAAAAAGGCUGGUGGAAUCUUUUCAAUUAAACAAGCACCGAAGGUCGUCACUGAUCUGGAUGAUCAAGAAUUACAGAAGAAACUGGAAAGAUUGGAACAAAUGAAUGAAGAAGUGCCUGGAGAUGAUGAUUAUGAGGAAGAUGAAGAUGGUGAAAGUGAAAGUGGUGGUGAUGAUCCAGGAGAUGGUCCAAUCAUUUCUAAAUCAGAUAACAACAAGAAACAAGAAGAUUGAUUCAUACUCACCCUAGUUAUCACAUCAACUGUAAAUAGUGUAAUUUAAUAAUCAUGUAAAAAUUUGAGGGUCUAAUUAAAUGAAAGAUAAAAAACUAAA